AUCCGUACUCUACCUCUCUUUUAGCCCCCAUAACCCCAGUAUUCAUUUCAUAACCCACCUGCAACCAGCAUCGUCUACAUCCUGUUUCGGGGGGAGGGCGAGGGACGGUUGAUAGGUUUUACACAAUCAACAACUGCAGUUACAGCACACACACCACGCCCGCUUGGGCAAGCAACACAGCCCCACUACUGGCCUGAACUCCACUCCCGAUCCUCAUCCCACUGUACCUACACAGUAACAGUAUGCAUGGGCGCCCAGAGAGGUGCCGCACCCGUGUCAGGGCAGGGACUCGGAAGGAUCAGAGAGUGCAGUUGCCUGCCUAACGUGACGAGCCCUCUGGGCCAAUGGCGUCGUGAAGACUUUUGCAUAUUCCGGUCAGUUGUAAGGGGUAGUUGCCGGGGGGCCUGGCAAUGUCAAUACUGCUUGCUGUGUGAAACCAUGAUCAUUAAUGUUCAUUAUUAUCAAGGCGACGGCGUUGAUGAUGGGAUGGGGGAUAGGAUGAACAAGGUGAAGAGUUUCAGUUGCGGUGAACGGAGAGCGCUUGCAUUGGGUAUUGGGAUCAGCAAUGCCUUGCUCUCUCGCUGCUCGCACCGUGGUGGCAGUUGGUUGGGGAUAUAUGUAUGUACGCGGUGCCUUCUUCUCUUGUCGUGUGUGCUGCAUCCGUUUAAUUGCACUUUUUUCGUGUACGCUUGCUGUUGCUACAUCAUAACCUUACCCUUACCCUUCCUCUCUGUCUACACUCGCCAAGUAGCAAGCUAUAAAGAUCACCAGGAACCACACCGGCAAUUCAGUCCCGAGUCUCUCGCACCUGUCAAAAUCCACCCCUAAUCUCUAAUAUCAUCUCGAGUCAAGUCGCCAAAGACAUCCUCUCUACCUACUCGUUCUGCUAUCCCCUCCAAAAGACGCACAAUCCAACCACCAUGUCCAAGUUCAUCUUCUUCGGCCUGAGGGCCUUCCAAGGGCCAAGGGAUAGGCAGCUACCCGGCAUCGUUU